CGCUGGUGCUUUGCCGGACUAUGAGAAGCCGUGGGAUGAUAGUUUGCCACCUCUCAUCUCCCCUGAUCCCAGGAGAAGCUUUGCUGAUCCCGAAAGAAAAGCUCACAUUAUGAAGAGGGAGACCGCACUCACUCAGUCAGUCCUCUGAUUCUGAGUGUCAUGGAUUUCUCACAAGAAGGGGCUUAAACCCAGCAACACCCAUGCAGAUGACCGGAGAAACUGACACAACGAAAAACUAUUCCAGUGCUGGCCAGCCAGAGUCAGGCUACAGGCUGACGAUAGUGGAAGGAACUAUCCUCACCCUAUUUUUCACCAUUAUAAUAAUGAUGACUAUUCUGGGCAAUCUCCUGGUUAUGGUGGCCCUCUGCAUGGAUAAACAACUGAGAAAAAUAAAGACCAACUACUUCAUAGUUUCUCUGGCUUUUACCGAUCUGCUUGUAGCCAUUUUGGUGAUGCCCUUUGGUACAAUUGAGACAGUACAAGAGCAUUGGACCUAUGGAGAAACCUUCUGUCUUGUUCGAACAUCCUUGGAUGUUCUACUCACAACAGCAUCCAUUCUUCAUUUGUGUUGCAUUGCAUUAGACAGAUAUUAUGCAAUUUGUUGCAAACCCUUGGUCUACAGGAACAAGAUGACUCCCUGGCGAGUGGCUCUUAUGCUGGGUGGAUGCUGGGUAAUUCCAUGCUUUAUAUCUUUUCUUCCUAUCCUGCAAGGCUGGAACACCAUUGGAAUUACGGAGACUAUAGAGGAAAGGAAAUUCAACCGAGCCAUAAAUGAAACGUACUGUGUAUUUAUGGUGAACAAAACAUACGCCAUCACAUGCUCAGCCGUGGCAUUCUACAUUCCCCUAAUCCUCAUGGUGCUGGCUUACCAGAGGAUAUACGUCACCGCGAUGGAGCACGCCCGACGUAUAGGGAAUCUGCAGCGGGCAGGAGCUGCCACAGAUACCGACAGCACUGAACACCAGGGCUCCAGUGUGAUGAAAAGGGAAACCAAAGCAGCAAAGACACUGGGCAUUAUCAUGGGAUGUUUUUGUCUCUGCUGGGCACCUUUUUUUAUCACCAACAUCGUUGACCCCUUCAUCGAAUACAGUACACCAAUGCAGCUGUGGAACGCUUGCCUCUGGCUGGGAUACAUUAACUCAGGGUUGAACCCCUUUCUAUAUGCUUUCUUGAACAAGUCGUUCAGACGUGCCUUUCUGAUCAUUCUGUGCUGUGGGGACCACAGGUAUGGACGAGGAGCAGGCUACGGAGCAACUUACACAACAUCCGUGAACAGGACAACAGUAAUACUGAGCCUGGCUCUUCUUCGGAAUGGACACCAGCACGAGAAUGGAAGAAAGUUUCUACCUAUUGACCCUGGAUCGCAAGAAUCUGCUACUGAGUACAUAGACCAUUAAGCUCAGAACUGCUUCAAACUAUCCUGAACAUGAAGAGACAGCUGGAGUUUUGUAGAAUUUUAUUUAUUAAAGUGCACACUUUUCAGCUUCUAAAGCAAGGAGCAUUUAUAAGAAUCUUCCUGUUGAUAUGUGACAGCUGUUUGUUUUUAGUAACUGGUUUAAACACAUACGCUAAAGCAAUGUGAUAGUGUACGUUUCAGAGAAUUAGAGCCACACUUUGAGAGAGUAGCAGAUUGAAGGUCUAAAUUCAGAAUGCGACUCUUGUCUGUUAAAUGGACAAAGAAUGACAGUGUCCAGCCAUCAAGACUAGAGCCAAAAAGCAAGUAGAGAGACUCUGGUAUCAUAGUGAAGCAGAUGGAAUAAAUGUACCUUAUGGCCAAGUACUGUCAAUAUCUCGAGUAUAGUGAUAACUCAGAUUCCAUUUGGUGCUGAAGAAACAAAUCACAUAUCCAGAGAGAUCGUGAAUUUCAUCCAACACAAUUCCAGACUUUUAUAUUGCCUGAGACUUUCACCUCAUCACUACUGUAUCACAACUCAAACACCAAUACCCCCUUUGCCCACAGCACCAUUACAUUCCUGUCUGGAAUAACCCCAGCGAGAAUCCAUGGAAAGAUAUUAGAACCCGAACAGUGUGUAUGGCACCCAAGCAGUAAAUGUCUCACUAAAGCUUGUAUGAUAUUUGAAUUGAACACAAUUACGUUUGGGGCAAUUCUAUGUUGUUUUUUGGGUUUGGUCUUCUGUGUGGUUCUGUGCAAAACAGUAAUGUAUCAGUAUAAAUGUAAGGUCACACAGAGAGAGCACCUCUGCUUACAUGUUGUCUUGAAAAUAUACAACCGCAGUUAGCAGUCACUAUGUGCCAUGGAGUAUCAGAUAAUAUUAGCUUGAUGACGGUUGAUAAUGUUUAUCUGUAUGAAUUAUUGCUUUCUGGUUCAAUAGUUUUCUUUCACAUUGUUGGUGAGGUUUAAUGACCCGUUGCGCCCUCAUGUGUUAUUUGCU